UUAUUUAAAAAAAAAAACAGGAUGUCAACCCUAACACACAACUAGAUUAGUGUGCAAGAAUCACCUCGUUUGUUGCACAGAUAUCCUGUUUCCCUCAGAAGAGUUGGACUUGGACCUACUUUCCAGUUGAUACCCACGUCACAACACUAAAACACCAAAGCAAUACUGAGAGACAAACGAGAACCCUAUAACGUUCCACUGCGCCGACGGCUGCCGAGAGACUGAAGUGUGUAAGUGCUGUACCUCGCUGCGGCGAUACGUCGCUUCGGGAGCAGACGCGCGGAGUGGGAGCUGGAAAGGGGCGUGGCUGUACUACCUGGCCGUACCGUAUCGCCACAGCGAGGUACAGCACGUUUCAGUUUCUCGGCAACCGUCAGCGCUGCGUACAGAGCCAGUGUUUUUUUUCUACUUUUUCAUUAUAUUUAAGUAGGCGUUGCAAACAAAUGUUUGAUGUAAGAUUGUGUGAUCACUGAGUUUAACCUAGUCUGAUCCUUAUCUUGGCCACCCUGUAUACAUUAUUAUAAAAAGAAAUUUACAGAAACGUGCACUAACCCAACG